UAUUUCCUAGUGAGCCGGAUAUCGAAAUUUUAUCAAGUGCCAAACAAUUUAGAACCCUAGAGAAUGUAGACUGCAGAUACUAGAGUUUUGUGACCAAAAACACUUUGCACUCUCAUGAAUUUUUUCCUCCAUUUUUAACCCUUAAUUCUUGCUCUUCAGAGUUGCAUAUUUCCAUGGCAGUUGGCUCCAUUGAUGGGUUGGAUGAAAGUUUACUCAAUGAAGUUGUUGCUCAGGGUUCGUUGGACUUCGAGGAUUGGAUAAAGUUCAUCGCUAGUGUUGAUCGAAUAUACCAUGGUGAUAUAGAUAAAAUCAGUUUGGUAUAUGACUCGUUUUUAUCGGAGUUCCCUCUUUGCUAUGGUUACUGGAAGAUGUACGCUGAGCACACGGCACGUUUAUGCAGUGUGGAAAACGUUGUUCAGAUCUUUGAAAGGGCAGUCGAAGCAGUGCCUUACUCUGUUGGUGUAUGGGUUGAGUACUGCAGCUUCAGUAUUUCAUCUUUUGCGGAUCCAUUGGAUGUUUGCAGAUUAUUUGAAAGAGGGCUGUCCUUUGUGGGGAAGGAUUACCAAUGCCAUAAUUUAUGGGACAAAUACAUUGAAUUCGAGUAUUCUCAUGAACAUUGGAAUUCUUUGGCUAGCAUCUAUAUCCAGACAUUAAAGUUUCCAACAAAGAAGUUGCAUCAAUAUUAUGAAAGUUUCAAGAAAUUGGUUGCCAUCUGGAAGGAGGAUAUGAAAGUCCAGGGAAAUUCUCGAACGGAAGAGCAGCCAGAACAUGAUAUGGAUAGUGAAAUUAUGCUAUCUGAAGAUGCUGAAAUCUCUCAUGUUAUAAGUGACUUGAUUGAUCAAUCCACUAGAAGUAAAGCAUUGCAGAAAUAUAUUACUGUUGGAGAAUUCUUUUAUCAAAAAUCCUGUGACUUGGAUGCAAAAGUGCAAAAGUUUGAGCAAAACAUACGUAGGCCUUAUUUUCAUGUGAAGCCACUUGAUGACAAUCAGCUGCGUAAUUGGCAUCGAUACUUGGAUCUAGUUGAGAUGGAAGGUGAUUUUGACUGGGGUGUGAAACUGUAUGAAAGAUGCUUAAUUUCUUGUGCUCAUUACCCUGAUUUCUGGAUGCGUUAUGUGGAUUAUGUGGAGUCUAAGGGAGGAAGGGAAAUAGCAACUGAUGCUCUGGGAAGAGCAACACAAAUAUUUUUGAAGAAUAUGCCCGAAAUUCAUCUUUUCAAUGCUUGGUUUAAGGAGAAGAUUGGUGAUGUUGAUGGUGCACUUGCAGCAUUUCCGCAAUGUGGCCAAGAUAAUGGAUCUUAUUUCAUUGAAACAAUCCGAAGGAAAGCCAAUAUGGAAAGACGCAUGGGAAAUCAUGCCGUGGCAUCGAGUAUAUACAAGGAAGCACUUGAUUUGUCUGCAAAGAAGAGACCUGAUCUGCUUCCAAUGCUGUAUGUGCAUUUUGCACAUCUUCAAUAUAUGAUCACAGAUAGUAAGGAAGAAGCUAAGGAAGAAGCUGCCAGAGAGGUUUUGUUAAAUGGUAUUCGACGUGUGCCUCACUCAAAAUUACUCAUUCAGGAACUUAUACUUUUUGCACUGAGGCAUGAUGGAGCAAGGCAAGUAGAAUUUCUGGAUUCUGUUAUGGGUCAGACGCUUGGGGCAGAUGUUUCUGGUGGUCUCAGUAAUAAAGAACGGGAGGACAUAUCAAUAUUGUAUCUAGAGUUCAUAGACUCUUGCGGAAGUAUCAAUGAUAUAAGAAGGGCAUGGAAUCGUCAUUUGAAAUUUUUCCCACACCUGGUAAGAGGACAGUCUUCCCUCAAGAAGCCUGAUAAUAAAGCUGGUGAUAUGUGGAAAAAGGUUAUUGAAGGUAGACCUGAUAGUGUUAGUUCUUAUCCUCCAAAGUCUCCAAAGAAGCUUGACGAAAAUGAUUUAAUCCAGUUGUCUCCUGCAGAGACAGUAGUAGUGUCAGAGAAUAUUGAUAAUUCUGAACAGGCUAUCCGUGAGCAGACACAUUUUGAAAAUGGUAACAGAAAUCCAAAUGAUUUGAGUCUGGUGACUUCAGAAGUCACAAAGACCUUUGCAGAGGAUGAGUGUAAAGCAAAUGAGUCAGGUAUUGGACUCUUAUAUCAGGCUGUUGAUGACAGAAACCCUGCGGAAGUUGUCAAGGACUCUAGAUCGCUUGGCAUCCAGGAAGAACAAGAGCAAGAUCGAAAGUUUCAACAACAAAAUCCGGAUUCACUAGGGGGUCAUUCUUUUAAUCCUCGGGACGACGAAUAUCAAAAUAGAAAUGCAUCAUGUUCUCGAGGACUUGAGGCUCCUCGAGAAGCCGCUCAAUCAAAUGGAAGCACACCAGUUGGUGGCGAUGAUACUAAUGAAAUCCCCUCAACAUCGUGUCCUAUAAGUCCUCGGAGUAAUAAUGCUGCCGUAACAUGCAAUGAGUCUCCUUGUCCCUCUAGAAUGACAUGUAAGGAUCCCUCAUCAGUACUAUCACCAGAUCAUCCUUCAGAUAAAGAAGGCAACCAGCACCGAUUCAAUUCAUCUGGUAAGAGUCGUUCAAGACUUGGUUCCCCUGCUGAUUCAGGAGAACGCCUGGAAAGAUCACUUUCUCCAAGAAGACGCAAUUCUCACGGGUAUUUAAUUGACCGACGCCAUAGAGAUCGAUCUCUUUCUCCAAGAAGGCACAAUUCUCGGUGGAAUUCAGAUGAGCGCUGGCCUCGUGAUAGACGGCAUCGCCGUUAUCCCCGAUAUCAAGAUAAUUCACGAGGUUACAGAGAUGGCCGGGUGCAAAAUCAAAAUAUAGUGGUCAUUGGCAACAAAGGGCAAACACAGAACUCCCAACAGCAGCCUACUGGGUCUGUAUCUCAGACCCAGCUCCCUGUCCAACACGUUGGUUACCCUCAACCUCAGACAAACCAGUAUAUGCCUAUAAACGAGCAAUUUGGCAAUUUGCAGAAUAACCAAUCAUACAAUCAGAUGAUGCAAUAUUAUUACUACAACCACCAUCAGCAACAGCUUUUACUGCAACAACCAUUAGGUUCACAACAACUGCAACAGAUGCAGCCUCCUGAGCAACUGCAGCAACAGAUUCAAAAUCCAGCACAGCAGCAGCUAGUGCAAAAUCCUCAGCAGCCACAAGGCCUACAACAGACACUUCCUCAUCAGCAACAGCUUUCGAUCCUGCAAUAUCAACAGCAACAGUUGUAUCAGCAGCUACAAUUCCAGCAGCAGCCAACUAAUGAACAGCCACAGUCUCAGCAGCAACAUGUGCAAUUACAGCAGCAGACACAGCUUCCUCAACAGCAUGUGUUCCUACAGCAGCAGCAGCAGCCGCCAGAGCAACAAGAACAGCAGGUACACAUUCAACAACAGCAGCAGCAAACACAGCCACAGAAACAGGAGGAAGCCUAUCUUCAGCAGCAACAACAGCAAUCAUAUCAGUACCAGCAAGCUCAGCAGCAACAGUAUUUACUCUACCUCCAGCAGCUGCACCAAUAUCAACUGUCACAGCAGCAACCAGGGCUAGCUUUAGACCAGAAGUCAUUCCAGCAGCAAUAUAAGUUACCUGAAGAGCAGCAAAAGGAAUUAUCAGAGCUGCUCUGUAUGAAUGAGAAAUCACAGAUACAGAAAGAUGAUGGUUCAGCAGAAGUUACUUUAAUAAGCAGUCCGCAACAACAGGACGAAGGAAUGAAACAUGGUCAUGGUUCAACUGCCGGAGCUCCAUCCCAAGAUGAGUUGCCUGAAAUUGAUGGGACAGAUAUUUGAUGCUUCAAUGAAAUAACUAAUGUCAAGCUUGAUAUUUUCCACGUUUUUGGCCCAAAGCAAAGUAUCGUAUUGUAUCGUUGUCAUAUAGACUGUAGGUGAAAUUAAGAGGUUGUAGAACGGUAGCAAAUUAGCGUAACUUGUGCAUGAUUCGGAAGCAUGAUUACGUGUAAUUUUGCUCAGCACAUUUGUAUCUACCUACAAGGCUACGACCUGUUAUCUUCCUACGAGGCUACGACCUGUUAUGCUUGGAAAAGGUUGUUAUACCAAAACUAGCCUUGUCGUAUCAAAUUUGGCUUGACCCUAAGUGCUCGUGUUGUUUUUAUAAGCAUUUCAUAAUGUAAACAGAAUCACAAUUAUCAACCCUUACAAAAUAUGUUUCGUAAUUGCUUAGGAAUGAACAA